AUGUACCAAGAUCGUUUCUGUGUACCCAGGAUAAUUAGAAGUUCAAUACUAAGGACCUUCCAUGAUUCCCAACUGUUUGGCGAUCAUUUUGGCAUCAACACUACCUUACUGAAAAUCGAGUCGAGAUGCUUCUGGCCCCAUCUUAGCGCGAGCGUUAAAGAAUAUGUGAGCACAUGUGUGAAUUGCCAACUAAUGAAACAACACAGACCGCACAACCGAGGGUUAUUACACUCAUCUCCUAUCGCUGAGGGUCAUUGGAACAAAAUUACCCUAGAUUUCCUGACAGGAAUCCCUGAAUCGUUUUCAAAGAAAAAUAUGAUCCUUGUUGUAGUUGAUAGGUUUUCGAAAAGGGCGCAUUUUAUCCCGUGCCAGAAAACAAUAGGUGCUCCAAACGUUAUAGACGUCUUGUUUCGGUAUGUAUUUUGUUACCACGGAUUCCCCAACGUUUUAACGUCAGGCAGAGACAUUCGUUUCCUGAACACGACAUAUAAAGAAUUGGCCAAGAGACUGGGCAUUGAACUAGCGAUGUCAAGCAGUAACCACCCAGCCACAGAUGGGCAAUCUGAACGUGUUAUACAGGUCUUACGCAGACUAUUGAGAUCAUACUGCCACCUUAAACUUCAUAGUUGGGACAGAACAUUACCCAUGCUAGAAUAUUGUUACAAUAGUACACCGAAACACUCACCUUUCGAAGUAGACCUAGGCUUCAUGCCUAACCAACCAAAACUAAAUCCCAGUAAUGAAUUAGACGCGAAGAACACUUCAACGGUCGAAUUAACUAAAAAACUAAAUGCCAUUGACGUUGAAUUUCGAGAAAUGUUGCAGGAAGCAGCUGUUACAAACGAGGAAAAGCGCAACCCAGGUCGCAAGGAGAUAAUCCUGAAACCAGGCGACUACGUACUAGUACAUCGAGUCGCUUACUUCACCAAAGGAGAGUAUUGGAAAACACAACCAAUAUAUUUAGGCCCUUCCAAGGUCGUUAAACGCAUUCACGACAAAUGCGUACGAAGUAGACCUACCAGCAGUAAGGAAAACUCACCGUGUUUUAAACAUUGA